ACAACUAAAGCUACCGAGGCAUCUACAACUGAAGCUAUUACAACUUCUGAGGCAACAGAAACAUCUACAACUAUAGCAACUGAAGCUACUGAGACAACCGAGACUCCUACAACUAAAGCUACCGAGGCAUCUACGACUGAAUCUCUUACAAUUUCUGAGGCAACAGAAGCAUCUACAUCUAUAGCAACUGAAGCUACUGAGACCACCGAGACACCUACAACUAAAGCUACUGAGGCAUCUACAACUGAAGCUAUUACAACUUCUGAGGCAACAGAAGCAUCUACGACUGUAGCAACUGAAGCUACUGAGACAACCGAGAGUCCUACAACUGAAUCAACUGAGACAACCGAGACUCCUACAACUAAAGUUACCGAGGCAUCUACGACUGAAGCUAUCACUACUUCUGAGGCAACAGGAGCUUCUUCGACUAUAGCAAUUGAAGCUACUGACACAACCGAGACUCCUAUAACUGAAGCUACUGAGACAACCGAGACUUCUACAACUAAAGCUAUCGAGGCAUCUAAGAAUGAAGCUAUUACAACUUCUGAAGCAACAGAAGCAUCUACGACUGUAGAAACUGAAGCUACUGAGACAACCGAGACUCCUACA